UUUUGCGGUUAUAGUCGAGUUGAAGUUCGUCAUCCCGCUUUCUUAUUUGCUCUCUCUCGCACUCCUCCACGACGCCGUAUACGAAUCCCUAGCCACCCACUCUUAAACCCUUCCCCUCCGCUGUUAAACUCCAAUACCGUCACCGCGCACAGCUCCUGCGACGACGGACGGACCACCUCGUACACCUUCCCCCUCCACUCUUCUCUAAAUCGUUAAGUUUUCAGUUUAUUAACCGUCAUGGCAGCAGAUGAAGAUAAUUCAUCGCCAGCACCGGCACCGGAACCGGCACCGACGCCGGCACCUCAGGAGCCAUCUGCUGCAGUUCCCGAAAAUCAAACUAUAGUUCCACAAAUACAACCCAUAAUUGCACCAGCAGUCCCUUCAUUUGUGCCACCUAUUGCUCCAAUACCUCCAGUUCCUCCUCCUGCAAUUCCUCGCCCCUUAGCGCCUCUCCCUAUCCGCCCGCCUGUCCUUAGGCCGCCCACUGUUUCGCAAAAUGUUGAAGAUAGAACCAGUGACUCAGAUUCCGAUCAAGGUGACUCGGGCGCCGCUGGGACUGUUCCGGGAUCGACUGGUGAUUAUGAGUUUUCCGAAGGAAGCAGAAUAGCAAGAGAGAGGAAGCAGAAGAUUGUUCAGGAAAUCAUGAUGAAGCGCCGAGCUGCUGCUCUGGCAGUGCCUACUAACGACAUGGCUGUCCGGGCGCGUCUCCGGCGGUUGGGAGAACCAAUAACGCUUUUUGGAGAACGGGAGAUGGAGAGACGAGACAGGCUAAGAAUGCUUAUGGCGAAGCUGGAUGCAGAGGGGCAAUUGGAGAAACUGAUGAAAGCCCAUGAGGAUGAGGAGGCUGCAGCUACGGCAGCUACAGUAGAUGCCGAGGAAGAAAUGCUUCAAUACCCCUUUUACACCGAGGGUUCAAAAGAGCUUUUGGAUGCUAGAAUUGAUAUCACAAAAUAUUCAAUUCUAAAAGCUGCUUCGAGACUUCAACGUGCAAGGAGGAAAAGGGAUGAUCCAGAUGAAGAUUUAGAUGCUGAAAUUGAUUGGGCCUUGAAGCAGGCUGGGAGCUUGGUACUUGACUCUAGUGAAAUUGGAGAUGACCGGCCACUUUCUGGUUGUUCCUUCUCGAAUGAUGGAAAAUUGCUCGGUACCUGUGCGUUAAGUGGAGGUGCUAAAAUCUGGAGCAUGCCUCAAGUAAACAAGGUGGGUACAUUGAAGGGACACACUGAACGUGCAACAGAUAUUGCAUUUUCUCCUGUGCAAAACCAUUUAGCAACUGCCUCAGCUGAUCGAACUGCAAGGUUGUGGAAUGCUGAUGGUUCUGUCCUUGGGACAUUUGAGGGCCAUCUGGAUCGCCUUGCACGCAUUGCUUUCCAUCCAUCAGGGAAGUAUUUGGGCACUACAAGCUUUGAUAAGACAUGGAGACUAUGGGAUGUAGAUACUGGUGUGGAAUUACUUCUUCAAGAAGGCCACAGUAGGAGUAUCUAUGGGCUAUCCUUCCACCAGGAUGGUUCCUUAGCAGGAUCUUGUGGAUUGGAUGCACUCGCACGUGUUUGGGACCUUCGUACUGGAAGAAGUAUUCUGGCUUUGGAGGGCCAUGUCAAGCCGAUUCUUGGUAUCAGUUUUUCACCCAAUGGUUAUCAUUUGGCCACCGGUGGUGAAGAUAAUACUUGUCGUAUAUGGGAUUUAAGGAAGAAAAAGCCAUUGUAUAUCAUACCUGCUCACUCAAAUCUAAUAUCACAAGUGAAGUUUGAGCCUCAAGAGGGUUACUACCUGGUCACUGCAUCUUACGACAUGACUGCUAAGGUUUGGUCAGGCCGAGACUUUAAGCCUGUCAAGACAUUGUCAGGACAUGAAGCAAAAGUUACUUCUUUGGAUAUUAGUGCAGAUGGGCGGUAUAUUGCAACUGUCUCGCAUGAUCGAACUAUCAAGCUCUGGUCCAGCAGUAGCAAUGAAAAGGAUGCUAUGGAUGUAGACUAGAUUAUCUUAAGCUUCUUGCAAUGGAAGAGGACAAAUUUGCUAGACGAUCCUGACGAGGGAGGAAGAUAGAUUGUUAGAUGGUCUUGACAUUAGCUGAUCGAGUAUCAUUUCUAAAUAUUCCUCUAAUCUUAUUUGUAGUAUCAAGCUUACCAACAAAGUUCUGUGAGAGAUCAGUGCAAAUUGCAAUUAUAAUCUCCUUGCAUCCGAUUGAUUUGAUGUGCAGUUCUCGUCCCAAGCUCUUUACUUUAUGAUGAGGAGAAGGAAAUGACUGUGAGUGAUUCUACAAGAAUCUACAAACUAAAUUUUGCAGAUAUUCCAUGUUUUGUCUCAACAACUCACAAUGCAGUUCUUUUUUGAUAAUUUUUAUUAUUUCAUUGAUCA